AUGCUUUCAAGCAUUGCGGCCGCAGUUGUGUCGGGAGGAGCGAGCGCGGCAGGAUGGGCCCCGAUCAUAGCGAGGAGGGGCCUCAGUGUACUGGCAAACGGCGAGACUGUGCCGCUGCCGGGAUCUGCUGACGAGGCCGUGCUGGUGCGGCUGCCGCAGCGGCCGUAUGGCGCGACCGCCGAAUUGCCCGACUCAGUGGCGGCGCAGGUCAAGGGCGCGGGCCGCGUAGCGGUGCUGCGUGAGGCGUUUGCGGCGUCGGGCGUCGAGCCGAAGCAGCUGGGGCAGCUCGUUAGCCCCCUCACGCGCGGCGCCGUCGCGCUGGACAGCGCCAGCCUGCAGCCCGAGAACGCCCUCGUGGUGGACGAGUACACGCACGACACAGCCUCGGGACGAUGGGGCCUGCGCCGCGCGGCGGUCGCGGCCGCCGAGUUCCUGCACGCGCAGGGCCUGAGGGUCUCGCUGGUGCCGGAUGUGGCGGCGGCGGCGGCGGCGGGCGGCAGCGAGGGCGUGGGCAACGCGGUGCAUGCGGUGCGCAGCGGCUUGAGCCCGCAGAGCACCAACCACGUGCUCAUGGUGGCGCCGACCGCGUUUGGGUUCAACGAGCAGGCGGCGCAGGACAACGCCUUCAUGCACGCCAGCACCAAGGCGCAGGAGGGCGGCAACCCCCUCACAAACCAGGUGCUGCGCGAGUUUGCCGGCCUCCACCGCCAGCUCACCGACUGGGCCGGCGUCCGCGUGUCGCUGAUGCAGCACGCCGUCUCCCACGGCACCCCCGACGCCGUCUUCCCCAACAACUGGUUCUCGACGCACGCGGCGCGCGAGGGCGGGGGCGCGGGGGCGUCGGCGGAGCGCACCAUGGUGCUGUACCCCAUGAAGUGCCCCAACCGCGCGGCGGAGCGGCGGCCAGACAUCAUCGCGGCGCUGGACAAGCUGCAGGGCUAUGGGCGGCUGGUGGACCUCACGGGCGCGGAGCGCGAGGAGCAGCAGCGCUCCUUCGAGGGCACGGGUGUCCUGGUGCUGGACCGCAUCAACGGCGUGGCGUACGUGGCCCUCAGUGAGCGCGCCAACGCGGCCCUGGCGGAGCAGUGGGUGCAGGAGCUGGGCUACAACGAGCUCGUCACGUUCCACUCCCACGACACGGCAAACAAGCCCGUGUACCACACCAAUGUGAUGAUGGCGAUCGGCACCGGCGUGGCCGUGGUCUGCGCGGACAGCGUGCAGGACGCCUCAGAGCGCGCCCGCCUGCUGGCGUCCCUGCGCCGCGGCCGCGAGGUGGUUGAGAUCAGCCAGGCCCAGAUGGCCGCGCUGUGCGGCAACGUGCUGGAGCUGCAGGACGGCCGGGGCCUGCCCGUCAUGGCCAUGAGCACCCAGGCCCACAACGCGUUCACGGAGGACCAGCGCAGGGUGCUGCUGCGCCACGUGGCGGGCCUCGUGCACGCGCCCAUAGACACGCUCGAGAAGGUGGGCGGCGGCGGCGUGAGGUGCGCGCUGGCGGAGCUCUUCUGA